UUUAGUAUGCUAUUGACGCUGUCGGCUGACGGUUCGCGCUGCGGUCGCUGCUUAACACUUUGCCAAACGCAAAGUCAACCAGAGAAACUAAAUGUAACUAAAUCGUAGCCUAACAAUUGGGGCGUUUAACUAAAGUGCACAGCAUAAAAGGCAAACAAUGUCCUUUCUUUCUCCCACGUUGCGCAUGGAGAAUCUUUCCACACAGCCCAUCAUGAGUCUGGAUCAUGUGCCCGAAGCUCAGCGCUAUAAUAAACAGAAUAUUGUUGCACAAUGGUGUGCACCCAUCAAUGGCAAGAUGUAUCGAAUUGAAUUGGAGCAUGGCACCACCAGUGGACGUCGCAUGAUUUGGGUCAACGGUCGUGAGGUGCUGCGUCGCGAUUGGAUGUUUAAGCUUGUGGGCGAGGAUACGUUUCAAAUUGAAGAGUCGCGUUGCAUCAUACGCGUAGAUCCAGCACCAGGCUUCAAGUAUGAGUAUUCACUGUACAUAGAUGGCAAGCCACAUGCUCAGUAUACCGAAGAAUUGACGCGCAAGUAUCGCCUGUGGCUUUGCACUUGUGGCACGACUGAGGAAUAUCGCAUAAUGCUCAAGCUGGACACGCUCAGCUUGUAUGUGAACGAUGAGCUGCGAGAGGAGCAGGCGGCUUUUGUGAACGGCGGCACGGACACAACUUUCAUGCUGCAGGACACGGAGUUUAUCCUACAGGCGCGCUCGAGUGGCAACAAGCACGACGGCAUUGUGCACACACUGCUGGUGAAUGGGGAGCUGGUGCCGGAGGCAAAAAUACAGGAGAUUAUGCAGGAGCAAGUUUCGAUACUGCAAACAACCUGAAGGCGCUUAAAUGAUUUGUAUGAUUUGUAAACUGCGAUAAAUAAAUAAUGUUAACAAUUUGCUGCUAGAGUUUUGCAAUUUUUAAUAAAUUUACCAUACUUACAAAUCUCUAUACUUGUAUGUUCCAAAAGUUAAUCAAUACAAUUGACAAGUAUUGCUUACAUCAUAGUUUAUUCGUUUGUUUAUAUGCAUAAUUGUAACGCAAGUGGUUUACGUAUUCAAUUUCGUUUGACAUUUUGCUAGCAUACAAAGUAUUCAAAGUGCAUUUAGUGUAUAAAAAGAGUUUAGAGUACGAAAAUUAAAAUGUUUACAGCAGUUGUGAGUCGAAGAAGAAAAAUAAUGUAAUUCAGUCAACAUUUGAAAUAAAGCCUAAGUAUGUAUAUUUGUCACAUAAAAAAAAGAACAGUAAAAACAAAUAGCAUUUGCCAUCUAAAAACUGGAAAUUUAAAUUGUUUGCUAAAAAUUAUGUGCAUUCUAAACUUGUAAGUGUUUUUUUUUUUGCUUUAAUCUGUUAAACAUUCAUAAGUACUAAGUAUGUUACGUUGAGUUGAUUGCUUGCUAUUAUUUGUAAUUGUCUUUUGGUUUUUUGGUUUUACAUUCUUAAUAAUCAAAAACUGUUGUUUGAUAAUUGCAUUUUUGUUUUGUUUAAUUAUUGUAAAUUGCUUAAUGUGUUUCGCAACCUUAAAUAUAUUAACAAUUAACAUUUUUGUUUUUGAUCUGCGAUUUAUUUCAAAAAUUUUGUAGGUUAUCUUUAAAAUCACAAUAACUAUUUUGUGUUUUGAAUAUUUGCUGGAAUCGGUUGUUGUUUCCUUUUUCGUUUUAGAUUAAAACAAAUACAAUAAUAUUAAUUUGGUUUAAAUACUAAUAUAACUCUGCAUAUGUUGCCUAAUAUGUGAAUUAAUUUAGAAACUCCAAUUCAACGUUAUGCGAAACAAUUUAAACAAUUUUCUAAUAAACAACAGAUUUAAUCAAUAGCAGCAAGCAAUGAAUUAUAGUUUAUAUUAUUGCUUGCCAUACAAAA